AGUCGCAGCAAAUUCACAACUUACAAUACGGGUGUAAUAUUUAUCAUUUACAAAUAGUACUGUGCGCAUGCCGCCUCGACUGGUAGAAAAAUUUUAUUUUCGGUCAGCUUUUUAUUUAAUUUUAAACAAACUUUUUCUGACGAUCAAGUGGUAAUCGUUAGAUGGCUAUGCACCGUACACAGCACAUUCGUUCUUAUCUGUAUUCUGCUUCAAUAUUCGUGUGCUUGUUAGGUACAGUUGUGUUGGACAACGUUUCAGCUGUAGGAGGCAACAUCGAUGCGAACGCAAGGUCUGGCGCAACCGGCUGGACUUACGAUACAUGGGAAAAUCCAGAGUCAAAACUUUGGCCAAACGAAUGGCAUAUUGCUUAUCCCGCGUGUGGCGGUGCCAGGCAGUCGCCAGUAAAUUUGACCUUUGACGGCACUAAGCUCAACCGUGUUCGUUUGCCGCCAAUAUACGUAACAAACUACGGCGAAGCACCAAGCGGAUUUAAAUGGAAACUGGAAAACAAUGGGCAUACCUUGCAAUUAAGUGCCCCAAAGUUCACAAAGAUGCCGACGCUUUCGGGAGGAGGCUUACCACAACUGUCCUACACUUUUCGGCAGAUCCAUGUACACUGGGGAUCGGAAGAUGCCCGAGGAUCUGAGCAUUUCUUAGAAGGAAAACAGUUUGCGCUGGAGAUGCAUCUCGUGCAUUACAUGGAUGGCGUUCCAGACUCCGUGGUUACCAGCAAUCCGGGUGGUAUUGCCGUGUUAGGAAUACUGUUCGAAGUGGCACAGGAAAGCGAAGUUGAUCCGCUGUGGGAUGACUUAAUAGAGAAGGUUACGAAAGUUGCAAAGCCGGGAGCUUUGAUAGCGCCAGUUCCUCACUUUGUCCUGGAAAGGUUACUUCCGACAAACCGGUCUUUCAUGCGAUAUUAUGGUUCGCUGACAACGCCGCCGUGCACAGAAGCUGUCGUGUGGACGGUUUUCACCACACCCAUCCGCAUCGCGGCGAGGCAUUUAACAGUUUUAAGAUCACUGCGAACCGAAUCCGGUGGACAUCGGAUUUCGAAGAAACAGCAGUUUAUGGUCGACAAUUACAGACCGCUUCAGCGCUUAAAUAAUCGCGACAUCAUAUUUCAUCAUGAAAAGUAGUGAUUACCGGCGGAAGGUGAAUCUGACACGAACAACGCGCUAAACAAAGCGGUUUGCAUGACCCAUUUGUAUAAAUUAGAAAAACAUACUUUUGCUGAUUGAUGAUUUGUUUGCGCAUUACCGUCGACAGCAGACCGAAAAUUAAUCCUUUAUUAUCUUUCGACGUGGGUUUAGCAACCUUCUUUAUAUAAAAAACGCAAUGCAGA